UUAUAGCGGACCAGUUACCAGGAAGUCGUUCCGCGGAUCGUUUCGAUUCGGGCGCCAGUGUUCGAAGGUGGUGUUUGUUGCGGAAUAAAAUGGAUCGUGCCGCGGGUAUUGUAGUCCUGUCAUUGCUCCUUGUAAUGGGAGCCGAUUCGCAGCUGGUUUGCUAUUCGUGUAACGGUUGCGAAUCAAACAGCUUGGGAGCUGUCAUAUGCGGAAGUCCUUCGACUGGCGGUGGCAGUGGGGUGGGACCCACCUUGCCGACCUCUCCGAAACCCACCGCACCGUCGACGACGACCGUAUCGCCACAGGUAACGUGGUAUCCGCCGCUGUCGUCCACCGUCACACCGUGGGGACGAUCGACCGGUUAUGUGUGUUAUCGCAUCCAGCGUUACCUUUCGUCCGAGAACCGUUACACACUUGAUAGGGGCUGUGCCCUGCAGCUGGGCUCGUUCGACGCGACCUGCAAAAGUGUGACCGGCAAUCAGGGCUACGCCAACUGUGAGUUCUGCGUCGGUUCGCUCUGUAACUACUGAUGUGCAUCCACCUAGCAUCCACGAGCCACCAUCAAUCAUCUCCGGGCCCGGCCGGCUGGUCACGAUGCCGGUGGCGAUUGGUUUCGCCCGAAGGCCUUUCGGAACAAUCACAGUCGUCUCUCACAGCUUUACAGUACCGUCAUCCUCUUAUCGUAUUAUCAGUGUUUUUGUCAUAGUUACUCAUCAAUAAAGAAGAACGCAUGCGAGUGUUGGGAGGAACAAGCGAAGAGCCAGAGCCCUAGCUUCAUCGGCCAAUUCAAAUGAGACGUGAUAAUACCAAUAA